UAAUUAUUCAUAAAAUUUUGAAGUUAAUUAAUGAAAUAGUACAAUUCACAGAUUUUAAAGGUCAUAAUAUUUUAUUUUGAGACUACUUGUGCUUUACUAACAAGUCCAGGGGACAAAUUGGCAAUUAAACCAAUGGACCGAAUGUCAGUUCAAAAGAAAAAAAAGAAAAGAAAAAAGAAAGUACUGAAUUUGGAAAAUAAAGUAAAAAGGAACCAAAAAAAAGAAGUAAAAGGGCAUACAUACAUACAGAAAGCCGAAAUCAUCGCUACUUUCCGCUGAAGUUGAAAGACAAAAGAGAUGCUUAUAAAAGCAGCCUAUUGGCUUCAUCAAAACCACCUGCAUAAAUGGUCUUUACAACCCUUCUCAAUUCUGGACAACUUCCAGAAGGCAGAUACUCUCCCUGAUUUCUAUUUUGCUCACUGCAACAGCAAAGCAGAUACUAGAGAGAUUCAUUAGAGAUUAGAGAGGCAGUCAGGCUCCAUGUCUGACUCAGAGCUUAUUCCUUUUAUUCUUCCUUCAAUCUUAUCUCUAAUUUUAGUCUUCAUUCUCAUAUACAGAAAGCAAGCAAGAUUCAAUCUUCCACCAGGCAACAUGGGCUGGCCCUUUCUUGGAGAAACUAUUGGCUACUUGAAGCCUUACUGUGCCACUACAAUUGGCGAAUUCAUGGAACAACACAUCUCAAGGUAUGGGAAGAUAUACAAGUCUAAUUUAUUUGGGGAGCCAACGAUUGUCUCUGCAGAUCCUGGACUAAACAAGUUCAUACUACAGAAUGAAGGGAGGUUAUUUGAAUGCAGCUAUCCGAGAAGCAUAGGUGGAAUUCUUGGAAAAUGGUCUAUGCUUGUUCUAGUUGGAGACAUGCAUAGAGACAUGAGGACUAUAUCUCUCAAUUUUUUAAGCCAUGCAAGGCUCAGGACUCAUCUAUUGAGAGAGGUAGAGAAGCAUACCUUGCUUGUUCUCGACUCUUGGAGUGACAACUCUACAUUUUCAGCUCAACAUGAGGCGAAGAAGUUCACCUUCAAUUUGAUGGCGAAACAUAUAAUGAGCAUGGAUCCUGGAAAGCCAGAGACUGAACAGCUAAAGAAAGAGUAUGUUACUUUUAUGAAAGGAGUUGUUUCUGCUCCUCUGAAUUUUCCUGGAACUGCAUACAGAAAGGCUUUGCAGUCUCGAUCGAGCAUCUUAAAGUUCAUAGAGAGGAAAAUGGAGGAAAGAGUAGGAAAAAUGGAGGAAGAAGAGGAUCUUCUUGGAUGGGUAUUGAAGCAUUCUAAUCUGUCUAGGGAGCAAAUUCUGGAUUUAGUACUCAGUUUGCUGUUUGCUGGCCAUGAAACUUCCUCGGUAUCCAUAGCUUUAGCUAUGUAUUUCUUGCAAGGUUGUCCCAGGGCUACUCAGCAGUUGAGGGAAGAACACAUGGCAAUUGCAAGAGCAAAGAAUGAAUCAAGCCGGAGCGAAUUGAACUGGGAAGAUUACAAGAAAAUGGAAUUUACUCAAUGCGUUAUUAGUGAGACACUUAGACUUGGAAACGUGGUGAGAUUUCUUCACAGAAAGGCUGUGGAAAAUGUUCGAUAUAAAGGGUAUGACAUUCCACGUGGAUGGAAAGUGCUCCCAGUGAUUGCAGCCGUGCAUUUGGAUUCUAGUCUGUUUGACCAGCCUCAACUAUUCAAUCCAUGGAGAUGGCUGCACCACCACUCGAAUAGGGGAGGUUGUGGAAAUUACUUCAUGCCGUUUGGUGGAGGACCGCGGGUAUGCGCCGGAUCGGAGUUGGCAAAAUUAGAGAUGGCAAUAUUCAUCCACCAUUUGGUUCUGAAUUUCAGCUGGGAGUUGGCCGAUAAUGAUCAAGCUUUUGCUUUCCCCUUUGUCGACUUUCCUAAAGGCUUACCCAUAACUAUAAGAGCCAACCACCAAAAGAAACAAGAAACUUCAUAAAACAUCUGCCUCUUGUGCAUGCACUGCAUAUUUGGUAUAUACAUACAUACAUACAUACAUACACAAUUGCAUUCUCCAUCCGCCUACUCUAUAACUUCUUAUUUUAUUUUUAAAACACAGAAAUUCCAAGUACACAAAUACUAGCACCCAGAGCCUUUAUCUCUUUCUUCCUCCUUUAGUCGGUACUGUAAAUUUUAUUUUAUUUUCUUAAUAUUGUGGGGUUUCUCUUUUCCCUAAGAAGAAAUCAUUUAUAUACACUGGAUAUUAGUUUGCAUAUUUCUCCAGAUACUAUUAUUUUGGAAAAGUUUUUCAAA